AACAACACCUUAAAUAUACACGUACAAUAAGUGCGAAUUGCAACUUUUUAGGGCUGCAUAUCUCUUUUAUAUAUUAAAAAAAUUAUAAUAUUCAACGAACGCUAAUAACGAAGAGUAUCGCGAGAAGCCGCGAGAACAUGGUAGCAAGAUAUCCAAAAUACAUUUGUGGACAACAAGCCAGCGAAUGAUGGCGGCGUCGCUGUUGCGCCGGGACAAGAAAGCUACUGCCGCUCACCUGAAGGCAGACUUGAGGCGGACUGACAACAGCUCUGCGCUCCGACAAAUUCACGAGCUGCUGGACGACGUGCUCAAUCCCGAAAAACCAGCGACGGACACAGAGGCGCUUGACUGGUGUAAAUGUCUCAUUGCAGGAGGCGAAGCAUUCGAGCAGUUCUGCAAAACGGUCCGCUCUUAUGACAACGCCACCCUAUGCGGCUUGGUGUGGACGGCGAAUUUUGUGGCAUAUCGAUGCCGGACCUGUGGCAUCUCCCCUUGCAUGUCACUGUGCGCCGAGUGCUUCAACAACGGAGACCAUACUAGCCAUGACUUCAACAUGUUCCGGAGCCAGGCUGGCGGGGCCUGUGACUGUGGAGACAGUAAUGUCAUGCGAGAGAGUGGCUUUUGCAGACGGCAUCGGUUGAGAACAGGAGAGAACAUCCCGUCAAUUCCCAGAGAUCUUCUGUUGAUGUCAGAGUUGGUUCUCCCUCGCUUUAUCCUGUCUGUCAUACAGUAUUUGAGGGAUGGAUAUACAGAACCAGACACCUCAUCUGAGAGAGAUUUACAAAAAGUUCUUCAGCAGCUGGAGCCUCAAAUCUCCUUCCUGGAGGAGCUCACCAAAAUGGGCGGAGCAAUGCGGACUGUACUAACAAAGAUCUUGACCAACCAACAAACAUUCAAGGAAUUGAGCAUGGGCCAGGAGGACAAUUUGUUCGCUAAAAAGAAUUACGACAAAUAUUUGGCAGCACUGAAGAAUUCUGGCUUGGUGUCUGUAGAGGACAAGGCCCAAAGUACUGGCGACGUCGCUGUCGGGGCCGAAGGAGGUGCUAACGCCCUACUGGGAUCCGCAGCAUCAGGGAGCCCAGAUGAGUCGAGCAAAGAGGAGGACCAAGAUGCGGGACAAUCUGUUGGUCAGAGAAAGAGGGUUAAGCUGAGUAGCAGUACAAAAGACCUGUCUAUUAUUGAAUGUUUGAAGCAUAAGUGUUUUUUGGAGGAGCUCCUGUUUUGGACAAUCAAAUACGAGUUUCCACAGAAGAAGGUCACCUUCUUACUGAACAUGUUACCAGAUCAAGAUUACAAGAUCACUUUUACAAAAACAUUUGUUCAGCAUUAUGCAUUCAUCAUGAAAACCCUGAUGAAAAGCCACGAGUCUGACACAAUGUCCAACCGUAUCGUACAUAUCAGCGUGCAGUUGUUCAGCAACGAGGAACUGGCUCGUCAUGUGACUGAGGAGUGUCAGCUGCUGGACAUCAUGGUCACUGUCCUCCUUUACAUGAUGGAAAGUUGCCUUAUUAAAAGUGAACUUCAGGAUGAAGAAAACAGUCGCCAUGUUGUGGUGAAUUGCAGCGAGGCUCUGUUGAAGAAUAACACAUACUGGCCAUUAGUUAGUGAUUUUAUCAACAUUUUGUCACACCAAAGUGUUGCAAAAAAGUUCCUUGAAGACCAUUCGUUGUUAAUGCUGUGGAUGAGCUUUGUGUCAUUUUUCCAAGGAAUGAACCUGAAUAAGCGGGAGUUGAAUGAACAUGUGGAAUUUGAGUCUCAGACAUACUAUGCAGCAUUUGCAGCUGAGCUGGAGGCCUGUGCGCAACCAAUGUGGGGUCUUUUAACUCACUGCAAAGUCAAAGAGACUCAGGAGUAUACUAAAACUGUGGUACGCUACUGUUUGGAGACUCUUCAGAUCUGGUUUGAUGCCAUCAGCUUUAAUGAUGAGCCUUUGCCAAAUCAAGUGACAUUUCACUUGCCACUGCACCGCUACUAUGCCAUGUUCCUCAGUAAGGCUGUGAAGUGCCAAGGCCUGGACCUGGACAGCCUACUGCCUGACCAAGAGAUGCUAAUGAAGAUCAUGGUGCAUCCACUGCAAAUUCAGGCAUGUCUGUCAGAGAUCCACAGCAACAUGUGGGUUAGAAAUGGGUUACAGAUAAAAGGACAAGCAAUGACCUAUGUACAGUCACACUUCUGCAACUCCAUGAUAGACCCUGACAUCUUUUUACUCCAGGUUUGCGCAUCAAGACUUGAUCCCGACUAUUUUAUCUCUAGUGUUUUUGAGAGGUUCAAAGUGGUUGAUCUUUUAACCAUGGCGUCUCAACAUCAGAAUGCUGUGUUAGACUCUGAACAAGAAAGACCAAUGCUAGAAGGUGCUCUGACCUUCUUAGUCAUACUGACAAGCCUUCGCAUUCAUUUAGGGAUGACAGAUGAUGAGAUUCUUCGGGCUGAGAUGGUCUCACAGUUGUGUAUGAACGAUCGCACGCACAGCUCGCUGUUAGACCUUAUUCCUGAGAAUCCCAACCCAAAGAGUGGCAUUGUACCGGGGAGCUGUAGUUUUGAGGAGAUGCUCUCUGCUGUGGCAGAUUUCAAAGCACCUGUGUUUGAGCCAGGUGGUUCCAUGCAGCAGGGCAUGUACACACCCAAAGCGGAGGUGUGGGAGAAUGAGUUUGACCCCAUCAUGGUUGUUCUCAGAACAGUCUAUCGACGUGAUGUACAGUCCGCAAUGGACCGAUAUUCAGCAUUUUUAAAGCAGUCUGGCAUUCACACUGGUAACCCAUGGCCUCCAUACAAGGAGAGGACUCCCCUGCACCCGUGCUAUAAAGGUCUAAUCAAACUAUUGCACUGCAAGACCUUGCACAUUGUGAUAUUCACUCUCCUUUACAAGAUAUGGAUGGAUCAUCAGAAUAUGUCUGAACAUGUGCUGUGCAUGGUGCUUUACCUAAUUGAGCUGGGCUUGGACAACCAGGUUCAAGACAGCAAAGAAGAUGAGGAGCCUUGCAUUGAGGAGCACUGUCAUGACAGUUGGUUCCCUGGCACCAACCUCAUCUCAAAUCUACACCAUGUCAUCAACUUUGUGAGAGUGAGAGUUCCUGAGACGGCACCCGAAGUGAAGCGUGAAGCUCCGCCCAGCACCAGCUCUGAAGCUUCAUCCUAUGGCCAGAACUCACACAGGCGUCUUUCAGCCAAUUGGAGAGAGAACCUGCGUGAAGCCCAGGUGUUCAGCCUUGUUGCAGAGCGCAGAAGGAAGUUCCAGGAGAUAAUCAACCGCAGCAGUUCAGAGGCUAGUCUGGUUGUCAGGCCCAAGAGUUCGUCAACGCGCUGGGUGCCGCCAGGUACGCCCCCGCAGCUGGUGACGGAGAUCCUGGAGAUAAGAGAGAGCAUGUUGUCCCUCCUCGUCAAGCUGCACCAGAAGCUGUCAUCCAAGCAGAACUCCCUGUCGGAAUCCUGGCUAGAUAAUAUGGACACAAGCCGUCACGCUCACGGAGAUGGCAUUACAGCCAUCGAACGUAUCCUCACUAAGGCAGCCACGCGGAGCUGCCAAAUCAAGCGUAGCAUCCAGGACAUUUGCGGAAAGGUGUAUCCUCCUGUGCCACCAAAGAAGAACAGUCCAACAGACAAAAAAGCCAUGGAUAAAGAAGAGCGGCGCCAGAGAGCUCGAGAGAGGCAACAGAAGCUGCUCGCUGAAUUUGCCUCCAGACAGAAGAGUUUCAUGGAAACAGCUAUGGAUGUUGAAUCACCAGAAACAGAGGCAGCAAUGGACCUGGGAGCAUCUGAGAUGAUGGAGUCAGAAGUGCUUUAUGACUGUGUGAUCUGUGGACAGAGUGGACCCUCAACGGAGGACAGACCUACUGGCCUAGUUGUUCUCCUCCAGGCCUCCUCAGUGCUUGGACAUCGCUGCAAGAACACCGAGGCAAAAAAUCUCCCGACCAGUGACGAAGAGCACAUUUACUCUGCUGACACGUGUGCAGUGGCUCAUGACGUCCGGCUUACCCUCUUACAGCGGUUCUUCAAGGAUAGCUCCUGUCUGCAGUCUGUGUCAAUAGGUUGGGACGGGGGUGUCUACGUGCAGACCUGCGGACACACUUUGCAUAUAGAUUGCCACAAGUCAUACAUGGAGUCUCUGAGGAAUGACCAGGUUCUCCAGGGAUUCUCUGUUGACAAGGGUGAAUUUACUUGCCCGCUAUGUCGACAGUUUGCCAACAGUGUCCUUCCCUGUCGACCCGGACGCAGCUCAGAGGCCGGUGCAUGGCAGGCUUCCACAAACAAGAAGACCAGUGUGCUAAUAAAAGAAGUGGAAGCUCUUCAGGACAACUUAGGCAUUUUCCCAACGGAGUCCAACUUGAGUAAAGAGAUGGAGUCGGUUAUCAAAGACAUUAAGAACACCACCCAGAAAAAGUACAUGGAUUAUGGCAAAAACCCUGGCUCCUCUGAUAAUGAUUUCCUCUUCAUGUACUCCUUGGCAAGAACCAACUUGGAAUUAGAACUUGUGCACCGAGGAGGCAACCUGUGUUGCGGGGGUGCAAGUGCCACUGCAAAGCGCUCAUGUCUCAAUCAGCUGUUUCAUGUGUUGGCCAUGCACAUGCGUCUAUACAGCAUUGAUUCAGCCUACAACCCCUGGAUGAAGCUGACUCAACUUACACAAAGCAGAGAGCCAGAUAGUUUUGAUGACGAAAGACCCGAAGUACCUAUGCUGUUUAGAGAUGUCCCAUCCCUGUUGAUUAUCUUUGUGCUGACCAUGCCACAGCCCCUGCGAAAAGAACACUUUACCUGUGUAGUGAAGAUGCUCUACAACCUUCAGUUCAUCCAGGCUCUGGCUGCACUCUCCAGCAAGCUGAGGCCAGAAGAAAGGCAGGCCUGGAACUCAUCUGGGGCAAUAAAAAAGGAACGUGCAAAUGCAGAGACGUCGUUUGAAGUACUGCUUGGUCACGUUAUCAGUGAGUUGUCCAAGAGCAACAGUGUCUAUGCAGUAAAUAUGGAAGAUAUAAUGCUGAGCUCUAGUGUGUGGUCCCCACAAUCUGUUGAGUUCAGCCUCCAGCAGUACUGCCUGCCCUUCCUUCGACUCUCCUGCCUUCUGCAGCAUCAUCUCUAUGGGGACAACCUCACUGGCUGCUUGGAGCAGGAAGAGUUCUCGUCCUUGGCAGUGUGUUUGGGGCUCGUACCUGCAACCUCCGUGGUUUCAAAUCCCGUGAACAGUGCCUCGUGUCUGGAGUGGGCGCUCAGUGCCUUCGACUUGGUCACACAGUGGUGUGCUGAGGUCAAAGGGCUCUCUCAGGUGCAGGCAGAGCAAUCGCUGACCUUGCUUGUCCAGGAUCCUCAGUGGGCACUGCCCCGCCUCCUCCAGCUGCCUGACAACUACAAUAUCAUCUUCCAGUACUACCACAGGAAGGCCUGCACUGUUUGUAAAAAGGUGCCAAAGGACCCCGCGCUCUGCCUUGUCUGUGGCGCCUUUGUCUGUCUCAAGGGGGUUUGCUGCAAGCAGCAGGGUAUCAGUGAAUGUGUUUUGCACUCCCAACACUGUGGCGCUGCUACUGGCAUUUUUCUACUGAUUAACGCUUCAGUCAUCAUCAUCAUCCGUGGACAUCGCUUCUGUCUCUGGGGUUCUGUUUACCUUGAUACCCACGGGGAGGAGGACCGCGAUUUACGCCGUGGAAAGCCUCUCUUCUUGUGUGAAGAGAGAUAUCGAGUGUUGGAGCAACAGUGGGUUUCACACACCUUUGACCACUAUCAAUAAGCGCUGGGGGCCUCACUAUAACGGACUCUAAAAAAAUCCUCCAAAGCCCACUUUAAAACUGCAGCCUGUCACAGAGAAGAAAACCCUUUGCAAUUUGUGCAGUUUUUUGCCAGUGUGUUUGACAUGUUUGACAAAAACUUCCACUUUAGGUAUCUGUGCCAUGACCUCAGUUUGUGUGAAGUUUGGUGUACAAUCACGAGCCCCAAGGAUAAAACGUGUGCGUGUGAUGAUUUUAUUAUGUAGUUUUCGCCAGAACCGCCCCUUCCACACAGGCACAUGCACACACACACACACACACACACGCACGCAGGCACGCACGCACACACACAGUUUGGACACAAUUAAAAAAAACAGCACAACCUUUCCUGGAGAUUUAAUUGGUUUGGAGUAGCCUGUAGAAGACUUUCAGAUUUAUUUGGGUAUAUAUAAAUAUGUAUGACAUGUCUAUCGCUGAUUCUCCCUGCAAUAAUGCACCAUUUAUGAUGAUAAAGCAUAUUCCCUCUUAAUCAUGGUUCUGGUAUGAGUUUCAAGCUCCUGACGGGUGCAGAUGCAUUACUACUACAUGACAUCAACACACUAUAGAGUUUUUUUUGCAAAAGAGCAAAAAGGCUCCUUUUAUGGGUCUUGUUGCAAUCCAUCCUCAGGAAUUUUUUUUUUUUUUUUUUUUUUGCUGUUGAAAAUACGUUUUAGAUAUUUAAAUAAAUGCUGCUGCUCAUUGUUUGAGUAAUUUUAACUUUCGUGAAGGUUGCGCAUUGAGGUUUCGCUUGGAUCGCUAGGAACGUCGGCUCACACGCUCUUUCAUGUCAGAGGACACGUGGGGUCACUUUAUUACACUCACUGAAGUUAACCACGUCCUUCUUGAGCUCUGCUUUUUUGUGGCUGUGUGUGGAGAAGACAUGCUCACAAGUCAACACGGGAAACACUAUGAAGGUCUGCAGCCCAAAAACAAAUGAGUUUGCUGAAUCUUUCAGCAAUCGAGAGUCCUUCCCUGGUUCUCUGUUCAUGCCAUCAAAUGGAAAUGAAGUUGCUUUAAAGAAAUGUUAAAAUCUGAAAAGUUUUCUCGAGGCCUAGAACUGUGGAGUUGUGACUACAGUUUUGUGACCGUGACGACUAUCUCAGACUCAUUUGUCAUCUGGCAGUGAUUUGUAGGUGCAUUCCAACGUUACACUUGGACUUAUUUUUUUUCCUCGAGUAUCCGCGUUACACUGUGCAUGACAUCUUUCGAGCCGCUUUGUUUAAGUGUCUUAGCUAAUGCAUUUGUUUUAAAGAACUUUUGUUUUCUGGAGCAGAGCGUAAGUUCAUCCAGUCGUGCCUGUGAGAUGUUUUGAUCGGAGUGAGGAUAAAAUAAGCGCUCGUAUCACUGGCGUCAGACGCCGGGCCGCCGUUUUCAAGGGUUUGGUUUAAGUUGACACUUGAAGUAAAGACAAAAAAACUAAACUUGCAGAAAUGAUGCACGCUGCUUUUAUGUUUACCAAGUUUCACUUCAUCAUCACGUUUGCAGUACCCACUUUGUAAAUGACCGCAAGCAAAUAGUUGAGUGUAAAUUGUGAUCGAAAGCUCUUGUGUGUCUUCUCAUGUGUGAUUGAUUGAAGAGAGAAUACAGUACAUUACUGUAUGUGAAGAAUCAAACUUUCUGAUUUUGGCCAGAAAGUAUGACUUGGACAUUUAAUGCAACAUGUAAUAUAUGUGAAUAAAAUACAAGC